AUUUAUUUCUAAAUUAAUUCGUAUUGCACAUUUUUUCUACAAGAACAUAAAGAUUACUUUGUUGAUCGCAGCUUGCCGUAAAUAAACAAAAGUGAAGAAAUUUUUACUUAGUCCUAAAUAGCGGCACUGCGUACGCGUUUUUUGCAACACUGCUACCGGCAUCAAGUUAAGAAAAAGCGGAGUUAAACUCAAAUUAACUAUAAUCCAGGGUACAAACGAGGAAAUCGGAAAAGGCAAGUGGUAAUCCGAGUCCAAAAAUAUGGAAAACAUUGUCCAGGCAAAGGCAUUGAAACGAUCGCGAUCGGCGGACGACGACGACGCCAACAAUAAUCUGACCCAAAGGAAAAUCUGGGUGAACCAAAAAAUGAGCGAUGCUCGCGAUCCUGAAAAAAUGAAACAGGUGCACGAAAAAACAACAAAAAUGCUUUUCGACGGUGCAGCCGGCAACGGACAAGGUCAAGGUCAGACCACCUCAAACGGACUGGGUCAAGGGCAGCAGCAGCAGCAGCCGCAGCAGCAGCAGCAGCCGCAGCCGCCCGCCCUUUUUGGGCAGUACCAGCUGAUGGGCGACGGAACCAUCCUGCUGCGCAACCUUCGAGCCGACAUGGCCAAUCCGCGCCUGGAGCGCCAGAAGUCCCGCUGCUGCCAGCGCCCAACCCUCAUCCACGACGUCUGCGUCAACUGCAACAUGGAUCUGUGCGAGGAGUGCGGCUACUCCUGUGGCGAAUGCUUCCAGUUUAUAUGCCGCAGUUGCGUUACCUUGUUUGGCAAUCGUCCUGAAGAAGCCGACGAUCCCUUAUGCGAACGCUGCCAGAUGUUCUUCGACUAGGACGGGCCAGCCAACUACUAAAUUCCAGCCAUUUUCACGAAUAGUCAAACACUGAGGAACUCAUUUUGUAGUUAAAUUUUAAGUUCUGAAUCAGUACAAAUUAGGCACGACUCGAAGAGUACAUAGGGAACUUUUUUUUUUUUUAUAUGUAUAAAUUUUGAAGUAAUCAGAAUUAAUCAAAAAAAAAAGAACAAAAAGGAAAUGUUCAGUGUUGCUUUCUCUACACCUUGCCCCUGAAUUUGUGGUACUUCUCGUGCUCCUUCACCAAUCCCUCGUACAUCCGGGCGCCCGCUUCGCUGCUGGAGCGCAGGAUGAAGUGUCCGGCGCGGUGAUCGCAAAGUCGGAUCAGCUCGUGGCAGACGCGCACUAUAUGGACCUUGACCUGGAGACAAAACGUGUAGUAUAAGUAUUAGUUAGAGAAAGCACAAUCCCUUGAAAAAUGUACUAGGUUUAAGUGUUGAUCGAAUAAAAAUAUGCCAAAUACAAUGCACCAAAA